AUGAGGUUCUCUGGUUUUAUCGCUGGCCUCAGCCUUGGUCUCUUGACUGCUGUCUCUGCAAGCCCAGCAGCCUUUCCCGCUCCAGCCUCGAUCCCCGACGCUGCUCCUGUCUCACCUGCUUCACCAGCCAUUGAAGAGCGAGCAGCCAAAGUCACCGUUGCUGUUUCCUCUGGCACGAUCAUAGGCUCUAGCUCUGGAAAGGUUGAUUCUUUCAGAGCCAUUCCUUUCGCGGAUCCACCAGUUGGUUCUCUACGUCUCAAACCUCCAAAGAAACUAUCCAAGCCUUUGGGAAAGUUUGACGCUUCAGGACUCACUGGCCCAGCAUGCCCUCAAAUGUUCAUCUCGAGUGGUGGCCAGGAUGUCAUCACGGAGUUCCUCUCCGACUUCCUGGCUCUCCCUUUCCUUACGCCCAUCACUGGCCAAGAGGACUGUCUCACCAUGACUGUCCAGCGACCCGCCGGUACUAAAGCUGGCGACAAGCUUCCUGUGCUGUUCUGGAUCUUUGGUGGUGGCUUCGAAUUGGGCUCGAGUGCUAUGUAUGACGGCACCAGCCUCUUGGGUACUGCCAUGGACCAGGAUCAGCCUUUCAUCUACGUUGCUGUCAACUACCGAGUUGCUGGCUUCGGAUUCAUGCCCGGCGCUGAGAUCAAGAAGGAUGGAAGUUCCAACCUGGGUCUGCUCGACCAGAGAAUGGGACUUGAAUGGGUUGCGGAUAACAUUGCCUCCUUUGGUGGUGAUCCUGAAAAGGUCACUAUCUGGGGAGAGUCUGCAGGUGCCAUCUCCGUACUGGAUCAGAUGUGUCUCUAUGGUGGCGAUGCCAAUUACAAGGGUAAGCCUCUUUUCCGAGGCGCAAUCAUGAAUUCGGGCAGUGUUGCUCCCGCUGAGCCUAUAGACAGUGCUAAAGGCCAAGCUAUCUACGACGCGGUUGUCAAGGAGGGUGGCUGCUCUGAUGCUUCUGAUAGCCUCGAAUGUCUCCGCGAGCUACCCUAUGACAAGUUCCUCAACGCUGCCAACUCUGUCCCAGGGCUGUUGUCAUACAAUUCCCUAGCUCUAUCUUACCUCCCUCGACCAGACGGAAAGGUUCUUCCUGAUAGCCCAGACGUGCUGAUUGCAUCGGGACGUUACUACGCAGUUCCCAUGAUCAAUGGAAAUCAGGAAGACGAAGGAACUCUCUUUGCACUAUUCCAACCCAACUUGACUACCACAGCCAAAUUCGUCGACUACUUGCAAAAGUUAUUUUUCAACAAGGCCUCAAAGCAGCAGUUAACCGCUCUGGUGAACACAUAUCCCACCACCCUCAGCACAGGCAGUCCAUAUCGCACAGCGCUCCUCAAUGAAGUUUUCCCCGGCUUCAAGCGCCGCGCCGCCGUCUUUGGCGAUCUUGUCUUCUCCCUCACUCGCCGUGUCUUCCUGCAAAUCGCCGCCGACAAGAACCCAGACGUACCUGCGUGGUCCUACCUCGCAAGCUACAACUACGGAACCCCUAUCCUAGGAACAUUCCACGGUUCUGAUCUCCUUCAAGUGUUCUACGGUCUUCUGCCGAACAACGCCAUGCGAAGUAUUCGAACAUACUACUUCAACUUCUUAUACAACCUUGAUCCUAACAAGGGCGUUACCAAGUAUGCCAAGUGGCCCGAGUGGAAGGAGAGUAAGAAGCUCAUGUGGUUUGAGACGGCGAACAAAAAUAGCAUCAUCAACGAUGACUUUAGAAAGGACUCGUAUGAAUGGAUUGCUAACAAUGUGGAUGUUCUAGUUGUAUGA